GGCCCAUUUGAGGCCCAGCGCUUUCCAUAUCCCACGCGCACUAUACCGCUAUCUUAGUCCUGUUUCAAGACCACUGUCAAGUCCACUAAAACAUCGAUCCCAAACAGUUGUUCCCAAUUAUUUCUAUUCCACAAUCUCCAGUGAAUUUUUCUCAAAUUUUGUGUUUAAAAAAUGUAAACGGAAGGGUAAAAAAACAUUAAUUAAAAAUUUCGUUGAAAUGUUGACAGCACGAAUUUCCUGCGUUUUCUUCUUUGUUGCGAUCCUUUCACAAGGUGGUUCUACCCAGGAUACAGAUGAAGAGUACAACGGCAAAUAUAUAGGGAAACUGAAUACAUAUCAUCAUCAAAUUGCUGGUGACGUCUAUGCUGUAGACGAGUACACAUUAUUAUUAACAUCCUUCAGUUACGAUGGUACAGGUGCAGACACAUUUUUCUGGGCUGGUGCCACCAAUCAUCCGGGUCCACAGGGUUUCAUCGUCCCGGAUGAGUUCGGCAAGACUAACGUCCUUGACCGAUAUCUUAAUAAGGAUUUUACACUCACGUUACCAGACAACAAAAAAAUAACGGACAUCAAGUGGUUUGCUAUUUAUGAUCUAUCGAAUCAGAAUACGUUUGGAGAUGUUAAUAUUCCCGAUGAAUUCGAUCCACCAUCCCCUCAACGAAUAUCUCAGCUAUCAAAAAGAUCUCACGGAGUCACUUCAGAGGCCAUAAUAAUUCUAGAUGCAAAAACUAUAAGUAUUCCAGCGUUUUAUUACGAUGGAUUAGGCAAUGACACUUAUUUCUGGGUUGGUGUUGGUCCUCAACCGUCCACCACUGGAUCAAAAGUUCCAGAUGAAUAUGGAUAUCUGGAUCCCCUGAGACACUACAAAGGCGAAGACAUUGUCAUUCAGCUUCCAGGCGAGAUGACAAUACGAAAUAUCAAUUGGCUGAGUAUUUUUGAUGUUGCGACGAAGAGCAAUUAUGGUUCGGUAGUUAUACCGGAAGGCCUGAAUGUCCCGCCAUCACUAGUCAAGGUCGUUAAACACGUGGAGGCUCUCCCGAAUUGCGUACAACUCCACAAGAAUUAUCAAGUCAGCUGGGAGAUAUUUGGACCACAGAUUACCAUCCAAUUGAGUGGGCAGAUCAAAGAGGAUGAGUACAUGGCAUUUGGUCUUUCUGGAUCUGAGGAGAGGAGUCAGAUGGAAGGAGCGGAUGUUACAGUGGCGUAUGUGGAUGGAGCCAGAGGAUAUGCUGUUGAUUACAAUAUUACAGCGAAGGCACCAUGCGGAAAAACCCUUGGACAAUAUAAAGGGGUGUGUAAAGACGAAUUAGUCGGUGGACUGGACAGCAAUCAGAUGUAUACAACUGUCAGAGAGAAUGGAAUUUCUAUCAUCAGUUAUAGGAGAACCCUCAUUUCGUCUGACUCUGGAGAUAAAGUAUACCCAACCGAUCGUCCAGUUUACGUGAUUUGGGCGUUGGGUCGUCUCGACGAGAACAAGGAGCCGAAUUUUCAUGACUUCUACCCUAAAUCCGAUCUUAAACUGGAGUUGAAUCGUCAAGAGCCUCACAGUACCUGCACCGAUUUUACAAUGUCCAGCCGAAAAUUCCGUGAGAUCUGGGAGAAGUCGGACAUCUUCGACAGGAGCAUCAGAACUUUCAAGGCGACAAUAGGACCUUCUGGUGGUAAACGAGGAUACCAGGGUAUCACUGGACAAACCUCCAUGGGACUAGCCUGGUAUAUCAAUGGACAACUCAUCCCGGAGUUAUAUCUCCGACGAGGAUUGACUUACAGUUUUCGAGUUCAUGGUGGCAAUAAUCCCCACAGCGCAAAUCUGUAUCAUCCCUUGAUUAUUACUGAUGAACCUCAUGGAGGGUAUGACAGGCUCAGCGAUAGGGCGCAAAAUCAAGUGAGAGUCCUGGCUGGUGUUGAGUUCACCAGGCGAGGUAGGCCCAGACCCACAGCUGUUGGGCCCCUUUGUCUGAGCAAACAUGAGGGUCGCGAUAGGAGACUUGAUGAUGAUUUUCUCACGUUCAAGAAGUUCAAUCGAACUCUUGUUUACACUUGCGAAGAAGGAGAAGGUGGAUUAUUAGAAGUGACUCCAAAUUCCAGCUGGCCAGACACUGUCUGGUAUAAUUCAUUCACCCAUGCCAACAUGGGUUGGAAAAUUCAUGUAGUGGACGAAUACAUGAGAGUUAGUUCCAAAGGUGCCUUGACAAUAACCACUAGUUUUCUGACAACAGUCGUCAUCUUUUUAUUUUUUCGUGUUAUAUAGAAGGAAGAAUAAACAUAAAAUGACAAGACUGAUGAAUAGACGUGUAUAUUUAAGAUUUGAAAGGACUAAUCCUUGAUCUUCCAGAACUGCUAUCGCGGGGGUUCAGAUUUGAAUAAUAAAAUAAAUAUUAGCUCUCUAUUCAAUUAUAUUAUCCAAUGAUUGUAUAUCGAUUUAUUUUUAUUAAUCUAUUUUUUUACUAACGAGAAAAGAAUGACUAGUAAAUGAAAAAUACGAUUUCUUAUCUUCAUAGAUAUAUUUAUUACCUUUUUGUACCGUGAAUAUGAAUCAAAAAGAAAUAAAUAUCGAGCACCACUAUGUUUACGUUAUUGAGUAUUCACAUUGAGUACUUUUAUCAAUAUCACAUUGGUUGAUAAAAAUGAUUGAAGGACGCAGUGCUCAGUUAAGUUCUCUUAUUUUGCUGUUACGUAAUUUACAUAUAAUAAUUUCCAAAAAAAAACAGAACAUUUAUAAACUUAUUUCUAUGUGAUGUACUUAUCACGUUGACGUGUUGAGAUCUAUGCGAUUCAUUAAAUGUACGAGAUCGAACGCGCGAUCCGCCCCUGGCAUUCGACUGCGUUGUAUUGGUGAUGACAUAGCCAAUUGACCGAUAUGAAAAGUGUUUUGUUCGGAAUGGCCAAUGGGACACAGGAUUACGCGUGAAAAGUCUUACGCAUGGAGGUCGCCGAAAUCUUACUCUCGACAACUUAAUUUUGGUGUAUCAUCUUUUAUAGAUAGGAAUUGAAGGUAUGAUUAAAGUACAUUGUUUUUGUUUGCAAUCAAAUUAAUCGUGAGAAUAACGAGGACUCAAAUUACAAUAUUCACUGAAGCAAAAUUCCGUGUUUGCAUUUAUUUUUUAUGAAAUAGUGAGAAUCGGUAGAAGUGAAAGGCCGUGACUUUUCUCAAACGAUAUUCUCAGGCCUCGAUCAUUCUAUGGCGACAUUAGUUUUAAUAAAGCUAAUAUUUUAAUAACGUACGUGAAUAGUUAUCGAAAAGUCAUAAUUUUCUAUUUUGCCGAACACGACUGAAAAAAAAUAGGACUCAACAUUCCAAUUUAUGGACCAAGUCAUCCAAUACUUAUAUCGCCUUGUGUUAAUUCUAAA